AUGCGCGCGCAUCUUGGCAGCGGAAGUGAAAGCUGGUCGCUAGCUUCCCUUUAGCCGCAGCCGAGCUCCACGACCCCGGGGUUUGUUUUUUAAAAACCCCCAAAAUGUCGGUGUGCUGCGUGUCGGGCUGCGUCAACCGACAUUCCUCCAAAAGCAAAUUAAAGUUCGCCCGGAUACCGUCCGGGAAGUCGCCGUUUCAGGUCAACAGGAGGAAGCUGUGGCUGCGAGCGAUUCACGAAGCGAACCCCAGCAGCAAGAGGCUGAGCAGGAAUGCUCGUAUUUGUGGCGCUCAUUUUAUAUCAGGGGAGGUGUCACUGGUCCAUGACAAUGUCGACUUUAUUCCCUCUGUGUUCAAAUGCAUUAAACGGAGCCCAAAGAAGAAUGUGACACGUUUUAUGUCAAGCUUCUUCGGUCGCAGAAAAAGGCGCCGCCAUAAAAAAGAUGCAGGAGAAGAAGAAAUGAAGACUCCACCUGAGGCUGAUCCUGUGGACGAGCAGUCGCCUGUUCUGAUGGAAACUGAAAGUGAACUUUCACAAGAACUGGAGGCACCGUCCACUCCGUCAGUAGCAAAGGAAGCGGAAACAUUGACUGAAAUGGCUGAGGCUGAAAAAGGAGCCGGCACAAUCACAUCUCAAACAACAUCCAGCCCAAACAAGACAUCCCCGUCAGUACCAGCAGGCAGCCCAGACCUAGACAAGAGGAAUCCUGUCGUGCUCUUAAAACCUCUAAUUUUACAAGCAGGUGGGUAUCGGUUCCAUCUGUGCAGCCAGAACCUCACCACUGCAGCUCAGCCUGUAAAAGAAGAACCGCUGGAUGGAGAAGAAAAGCCCUGUUCCUGUGGAAUUUGUGGAAUGCAAUUCACAAAUCAGACCGGUUUCACCCAGCACCAGUGUGUAAAACCUGAGAUGCCCAGCUUUCCGUGCAACAUAUGCGACCGAUCUUUCACUUCAUAUCAUUGCCUCAAGCGGCAUAAACUGCUGCAUGUCAAAGACGGCAGGAAGUGCGGCAAGUGUGGCGUCCUGUUCUGUCGACGUCACAAUCACACCCCAUUCCAUCCGGCUACUGAGUUUAGAGAGGAGUCCUCCAGUGGCGAGUUGCAAACGGAGGGUAGUAAUGUGACGCCAGAAAACGGAGUGCAGCAGAAGUCUGACCAAAGCUGGACAUAUGGCACUCAGAGCACCAAGACUGUAAAACCUUGGAGGAGAAAUGCUACAAUUGUGCCUAAACCUCCUCCUCCUACUAAUACUGUGCCUACACCUCCUCCUCCUACUAAUACUGUGCCUACACCUCCUCCUACUACUAUUACUGUGCCUACACCUUCUCAUACUACUACUACUGUGCCUAAAGCUCCUGUUACUACUUUUGUGCUUACACGUCCUAUUACCCCUACUACUGUGCCCACACCUUCUCAUACUGCUACUACUCUGAUUACAUCUCCUAUUACUGCUAUUGUGCUAAGAGCUCCUACUACUACUACUACUACUACUACUGUGCCCACACCUUCUCAUAGUACUACUACCGUGCCUACACCUCCAAACCCUCAACCUUUAUCCAAGACCCACAAGUUCACACCUCCAGCGCCGGGCAAAAGAGUCCGACCAAAAAAAAACCCUGCACCUUCCUCUGCAUCGUGUCCACCUCCACCAGUGCCCGGGUGCUCAAGCAACCCAGAUACCUCGGCUGAAGCUGUGCGACCUCCACAACUCCCAUCCUCACUUAAGAUCUUUUCACCUCAGUACCUCACGUCGGCAUUACUUCAGGUUACAAGAAAUUACGAGUACAUCCUAAGCAAAUCAAAGGCUGAUGUGAAGUUUAUUAAGGAGGAACCAAGUGAGCGGCCGAUCUCUCCAGUAGAGGAAAUCGUAGAGCCAGUCCCAAACGGGAGAAUUGCUUAUGACCUGGAGAUUGUGGUCUGAACAAAACCUAGUGGGGGAUAAGUUCUGUUUCUCACUUUGAAACACAAGCAUGAAUCUGUCCUGCGCAUUGUGUUACUAAAGACUGUUUUGCAUCAUAAAGCCAAUAAGCUUGUUCUUUCAAACCCACUGGGGUUUGGCACCUACUAUAACUAAAACAUAAGCUAACUUGGGCUUAUUGGGAAGGACCUAUUGUUAUGGUCUACGUUUGCCACCUGUAUAUUUUGUAAUGGUUUUGUUCUCAUUUUAUACACAUCUGAAUGUACGACUGCACACUUUCCUUUAAUACUUCUAUUCUUUGGCAUUUGUAGCCUUAACCUGGUUCAGAAUCUGAUAGAUUUUAAUGUAAGUGACUGAACUCAUGCUGCUAUUUUUUUAUACAACGAGUUGGUUGAGAUUCUGUCACUUCUUAACCACUAAUGAUGCAAGGCUAUGUUCUUUACUUUGUAAUAAACCGUUAAGUCUGAGUUAUAAACAGGAAUGAAAGAAUGGUCAUUACAUGGGGCAACUGGACUCAGUUUUCUAACACAUUGUUUUUUUUAUCAUAGAAAUGUUUAUAAAUUCCAGUAUUUGAGAGUUCAAAUCUGAAAAAGUUGGAUGGUUGAGAUACUGAGUUAACAUGACAAGUUAAUUAGCAAGACACUAGCUCCCUGCCUGCUGCAAGGCUGAAUUUUUAUCACUGACGCUUCACAACAAUUCAAACAUAUAUUUGAACUCAAACAUUUUCCUUGACUGACCUUAGAGGCAGUAAAGCAGCUGUUAACUUACAAACUUGCUGGUAAUACUCUACAUGUUCUAAUCAACUUCAUAUUAGUUUAUUAAGUUUUCAUUUUUAUCUGUCUGGAAUUUGAGAUUUCCGUCGGUCAAUCAAUAUCUUGUUUUAUUACAUGUAUUUACGAAAUUAGUCCCUCGUCUCAUGACCACCAUUGAAGCAUCGAGGCCAAAUUUUUAAGUCAUUGAAAUUGCAAAUGAUCUGUUGUUUGCUUUACCUCAUCUCCUAAAUUCACUAAAGUAGAUGAAUAACGACUAACUUAAUUUGUAUAUGUAUCUCAGUGCAUUCUAACUACAUUGUGUACAAAUCAGGCUGAUUUUCUAUUGGACAAAGGAAAAGUGAUGGAAGAAAUAAACUGAAAAGUGUCUUAAC